UAUAUGACAGCUUCCCUUUUGAGCACAGAGCUUUGAUAUAUACAUAUAUUUAUAAAAAUUAUAUUUGUAUAUAUAUAAAUUAAAAUUUUCCAUCUGCUUUCACCAUCGAACUUACCAUGCCGUCAAUUUCCUCAUUUCUCCUCGGUUUGGUUGUGGCAUCUCUUUUAGCAGGCAAGACAACAGCAGACCAGGCUUUAAACAAUUCACAAAACAAUAACACCUAUGAUGCACCCGGCACCACGAACAUCUCCAAUAUCGUAAAUACUACUGGUAGCAGCAACAUCACCAUCACAUAUGCAACAACUCUGAGCAACGAAAACCAUGCAGCUACAGUGCACUCCCUCACACCUCUCUCCUCUAAACCAACUAUGUCUACCACCAUAGCAAACAACAUCACCCAGAAUGUUUCUAAGGUUGCGUUGUCCACUGUGCCCUCCCGCACACCUCCUCCUGAAACAACAAAACCUAUCACUACAACAAACAUCCCCAAGAGUACCAAUUCUCCAUCAAAGGGAGGUGACAGCACAGGCAUCGUCAUCCUGAUCUUGAUCAUCAUUGCAGCUGUUGUAUUUCUAGUUGCUUGUUGUGUUGCACGAAAGAGAGGAAGGCGCUCCAUUGAUCUCACUUCCAGACCAGAUGAAGCCACCAUCCCGCUCAGUACUAUAGACCCUGAACAACCUAUUGAUGCUGCACCUCAAAACGGUCUGCAAACCUUUGAAAGCCCAGAAAAUACUGCAAAAGAGCAACAAGAAUCAGAAGAGGAACCCAAACCUGAAACACAAGAAGAACAAGAAGUGCAGAAAGCUGAGACUGAUAAACCUGCUGCUGAUAUCAGCACUGAGCCUGCAGCUCCAGCUCCAGACAGCUCAGAGGACAAACCCAAAGUGGAUGUCACAGAGCAGAGUCCUCCUGCAGCGGCAGAACCACAGAGUCUACCAGCAACUGUUGAGCCGCAGAGUCCUCCUGCACCAGCUGACCCCAGUGCAGAAGAGAAAACUGAUGAUGAAGGUGUUGUCUCCAACAAGACUUCUGUGGAGUCACUGAAGGAGACAAACGGGAACAACAGCAACAAUGUAGACAUUGGUCAGAGGAGAGACAUGAAGACGAGCAUUACAGCCUGGGAACGUACUCAUGAUUGUCCAGUAUGAGAAACUGCUGUCACCUUGUAACUGUGUUAUUCCUUGGAAACUAGACUGCAGAAGAAACCUAAGUGAUCACUGAGGAUUAGGACACUUCUGUUCACACUCUGGAUAAUCUGCUUGUAAAACAGCGUCUUUUUGAAAAUUAACUAUAUGACAUAUGCAGCUUUUUAUGGAUUGUUUUUCUAACUCUAUUCUUUUAUGAAAAGGUAUAGCAGCCUUUGUUAUGAUUUAAUUAAAAGUCAUAACAAAUAAUAAAUCUGCAAUUACAUACAUCAAUAAUUUACUGAAUUUAUAAUCUCACUGUAAGAAGAGAUAUCUUAUGCUCAUUUUCACAUCUUUGUUUUUACUGCAGUUUGGUGUAAUUCAAAUUUCAGAAAUAAGUUUUUAACUUAAUCACAAAGACAAUCAGAAUGCUAAACCUGAAGCAUCACAAUGCCUACAUCCAUAUUUUUUCAUACAGUCUGUAGCAGAUGAUAAGAAAUCUGUGGUGAACUGAAGUGAAUCUCUGGUAAUAUUAGGCCUGUGCUUUAGGCUCAGAGAGAUUACUUUAGCAUACAUUUAACUUAUUAUUUGAAACGGUUAAAAAGAAAUUCUAACUUUGUAAAAUAUAACCAAAACAGCAUAAUGGGUCCCUUUUACUAAUGCUGAUAUAGUUUUGUAAUAACUUGUAUAUUCUGUCUUUUUUAUUAUUACAAUCUUUUCAACAGCUCCUUACCCAAAGACUGUAUUUGCUUCAAAAUAUGUUUGGGAAGCAUUUCUAAUCAUGAGCAACAUUAGCAUAAAUAGAAAAAGUAACUCAUAAUUAGGACAAUAUAGAGUUAUUAGACUUGAUGUUAAACUUGCAACAGGUAAAUUAUGUACAUUUUGGUUUGUUUAUACUCUUUUUAAUGCUCUUUCUAUUCAGUAGUUUUUUUCAUGUUUCUGUUAUACAGAUUGCUGUGAUGUAUCAAGGAAUGCAUUUCAAUAAAUA